AAUGCCGUCUGCAAUUGGAAUCGACUUGGGCACGACGUACUCGUGUGUCGGAGUGUUUCAGCAUGGAAAGGUGGAAAUCAUUGCCAACGACCAGGGUAACAGGACGACCCCGAGCUAUGUUGCAUUUUCGGACACGGAGCGGCUUAUCGGCGAUGCGGCCAAGAACCAGGUGGCCAUGAACCCCACCAACACAGUGUUCGAUGCCAAACGGCUGAUCGGACGCCGGUAUGACGACCCAAAGAUUCAGGCCGAUCUGAAACACUGGCCGUUCACGGUGACGAACGACUGCGGCAAGCCAAAGAUUCAGGUGGAAUUCAAAGGAGGU